GCUUCCUGGCUGUUGCGGCAGCGCUCAUGUGACCGCGCGGGGCGCGCGGGACGCUCGCUCGGAGCAAACGGAAACAAACGCUCUGCGCGUCGGAGCUCCGCGGCUCGCCAGUUUCGUCCGGUGCAGUUGGAGGAGCCCGCUCGGGACUCCCGGAGAUGUUUUCGCUGGGGGAGAAGAUGGAGUUCCUCGUGGGGAACCCCUUUUCAACGCCCGUCGGCCAGAGAGUCGAGCGAGCGACCAGCGUCGCUCUGCAGUCCGAAGACUGGGGCCUCAAUAUGGAGAUAUGUGACAUCAUCAACGAGACGGAUGAGGGGCCCAGAGAUGCAGUCAAAGCAAUCAAGAAGAGAAUCGUGGGAAACAAGAACUUCAGAGAGAUCAUGUUGGCCCUCACAGUUCUUGAGGCCUGCGUGAAGAACUGUGGCCAUCGCUUGCACGUUCUUGUUGCAUCGCAGGAGUUUAUUGAAGGAGUUUUGGUGCGCGCCAUUCUGCCCAAAUAUAACCCCCCAACGGCCCUGCAUGACCGGGUGCUCAGCCUCAUACAGUCGUGGGCCGAUGCCUUUCGGAGCUCUCCCUCCCUAGCGGGGGUGGUGUGCGUCUACGACGACCUGAGGAGACGUGGUCUGGAGUUCCCCAUGACAGAUCUGGAUGCUCUGUCUCCCAUCCACACUCCGAAUAGGAGUAUCCCAGAAAACAGGACUCCCGAUGCAAAUCCCGUCGCUGCUCCCACACCAGAGUCCCGACCCGAAGUCCCUUCCAGUGCUCCCACUCAGAGGACGUCACCUGUGGUCCUGUCCAGUGAGGGACCAGCCUCACUCUCUGCAGAACAGAAACAGAAGCUCCAACGUGAGCUUGCGCUGGUUAAGGGAAAUCUCACAGUGAUGAGUGAGCUGCUGAAUGAGCUGAUACCUGGACAGAGCCAGCAAGAGGAUACAGAGCUGCUGCAGCAGCUGUAUCUGGUGUGUAAGAGCAUGCAGACUCGAGUGGUGGAGCUCAUCCCCCAGCUAAUGGAUGAAGGGUUUAUUGAAGAGCUGCUCGUGGUCAACGAUGACCUAAACAAUGCCUUCAUCCGCUAUGAGAGGUUUGACAGACUGAACAAGGCACAAAUUCCAAAUGAUCAACAGCAGAGCUCUGCAACGAGCCCGAGCACCGCCAGCCGCACCCAACCUGCAGUCAUCACAGCAACCAGUCAACCUGCAGUCAUCACAGCAACCAGCCAACCUGCAGUCAGCAGCACCUGCGUCAGUCUGCCGCAGGCAGCCGACCACAAAGAGGAAGGGGAGUUUGACAUGUUUGCCCAGACGAGAGGCAGCUCCCUGGCCGAGCAGAGAAAAAGUGUCCGGUAUGAAGACCCCGGGGCUGUGGAGGGCCUUGCUGGAGCUCUGGACACGAGGUUGCAGGUCACAGGAGGGACGGCACCAGCCCAAAACUCUGUGCAGAACGAUGUUGGCAAAUGGUUAUCUGGUGAUAUGGAAGACCAGUCUUCAGUUAGUGAGGGAGUUUCCAGUGCAGAGUUUGAUCAGUUUCUGAAAGAUCGGGCGAAGGCAUCGGACCAAAGCGGACAGGCGAUUCGAAGCGCGCCACCCUCCACGGCCAGGCCGCCGCAAUCUACCCGGCAACAGGAAAGAUCAGACCAUCUUUUCUCACUUUGAGUUAGAGGACAAACGAGGCGGCAGGCGGCUGUACAUAUCCACAUACUCACGGCAUUAUAAUGUUAUAUGACAAUCAAUUACAAGCACAUACUGCAUUACGUCAAGUUCCUCUGAAAGCACACACACCCACACACAUAAACCCAACAGUGCGGAUCUGCUGCCUACUAUCAACUCAUUGAUUAAUGCAAGAUUUCUUAGUUAAUUCCUGCUUUGUUAUAUUUAUGUACCAUAGUUUGCACACAUUUCUCAUUCAAUUGAAUAGAAAGUGUGUCCAAAUUCUCACUGGUAGUAUAACUUCCUGUCGCCGUAUUUAUGAAAUAUAUUAUUAUAAUGUUGAUGUAAACAAAAGCUUAAAUUGAAACAAUUGUUUAGAGAAUAAAUAUGAUGUUGAAAUAUGUUUGAUUUCACGCAGUCAUGUGCCUUUGACCGAGGCAGCUGAUUUUGUGUAGAUGAGAAUAAAUCGGGUUCUUGUUCUGCAAA